AUGGCGCAGGCAGACAGCACCCUGAGACUCCAGACUGCCCGAGACCAACCAUCUGUUUUCAAGCUGGUCCUCCUGGGAAGUGGCUCCGUGGGCAAGUCCAGCCUUGCUCUCCGAUACGUCAAGGGUGACUUCAACAGCAUCCUGCCCACUGUGGGAUGCGCCUUCCUCACAAAGGUGGUGCAGGUGGGAGAAGCUGCCCUCAAGUUUGAGAUCUGGGACACGGCCGGCCAGGAGAAGUAUCACAGUGUCUGCCGGCUCUACUUCCGGGGUGCCAAUGCCGCACUGCUAGUGUACGACAUCGCGAGCAAGGACUCCUUCCUCAGGGCUCAGCAGUGGCUGGGGGACCUGGAGAGUGAGUUCCUGCCGGGAGACAUCGUGGUGAUGCUGCUUGGAAACAAGACAGACCUCAGUGACGAGCGCCAGGUGACCUUCGAGGAGGGGAAGGCAUUUGCAGAGAGCAAAAGGCUGCUGUUCAUGGAAGCCUCUGCCAAGCUGAACCACCAGGUGUCUGAGGCUUUCAGCGCUGUGGCUCGAGAAUUACUGCAAAGACAAGAAGAGAAGGUGGACCAGGUGCAGAGGACAAAGUCCCAGGUGGAUCUGAAUGAAGGGUCCCUCAGGCAGGUCAAAUGCUGUGCCCGUUAG